UGGCUUCCUCAUGAUGAUUUCUUGUGUUGUGUUGCUAAUAGCUCCGACUGGUGCUGGAGAUGAUGAUGGAGGGAAGAAGUUGAUAAUUGGACUUCCUUAUUAUAAAUCAGGUUUCGCCCAGUUUGUGGAUGUACAAAUCGAUCCUACUAAUAACAAUAAUCAGGUCGUCCAGGCUAGCGGCUAUUCUAUUGCCGUCUUCAAUGCUACAAUAGCCUACCUUACGCGUUUACAUCACGGUAUUUCUUUCGAGUUUAGAGCUUUCGUAAACAACAAUGGAAGCAGUGCUGGGUAUUAUGACGCACUUGUCUCCCAAAUUUCUGCAGAAAAGUAUGACGCUGUGGUGGGAGACGUGACGAUUUUGGAAAAUCGGUUUAACCAUGCAGAUUUCACGUUGCCAUAUACACAAUCUAAUGUGAAGAUGCUUGUGAAAAUCCGGCAUGAUCCACGGUUGAACAUGUGGAUUUUUGUACGACCGUUUAAUUGGAGUCUUUGGAAAAAAUUCAGUGGGGUUUCUAUCCUGUGGCUUCCUGUUGUGCAAGCAGUUUUUCCCGAAAGAGAAUCACUGGCCAAAAAUUGCUCUAGGUUUGUGCUGGUGAUGUGGUUGAUAUUGGUAUUUGUGCUCAUGCAAAGCUACACAGCAUGCUUAUCAUCUAUCUUAACGGUACAUCAAUUACAACCUCGAUACCUUAGUGAGAAUGAUGUUGCAGAAGAUUCCAACAUUAAUGUUGGAUACCACAGUGGCUCAUUUGUGAGGGACUUAUUGGUUGAUAACUUGAUGAUCAAUAGUUCAAGGUGA